AUGACUGUAGACAAAAUAUUUAUAAAUGUACUUUUACAUAUGUUUCUAAGUCAACAAAGUACAUUACAGUUUGGACAGGCUACCUCAUUAGUAUAUGUUAAAAUAACUUCUGCAUUAUAAACGAUAAACGUAUGUACCAUUACUACGACUUUACGUAAAGGUGGAACAAUUGCGGUAUGGUAAAUGUGUAUGUUACCGGAUGUGACCAAUGGGAACACUGCAUUGUGACACCACAUUAAUACAUUUGCUGUAGGGUUUCCGAGAAGUAUAUCUUAUUACUAAUUUGGAUGUACGAUUGCUUACAGACGUCGCGUGGUCUUUCUUUUGUGAUUACACUGGACAUUAGUCAUAAGACACUUUCAAGAUGAUUCAUGCUAGUAUAAAUAUAUGCUUUGUGAUCGUGGCUUCGCAAGGUCACAGCAAUGAGCACCACAGUCACAAUAACCAUGGUGGAAGCGUUCCAGAUUCCGGACAAGUUGAUGCCGCCAUUGUCGAUAUAGAACUCCAUUACAACGAAAAAUUGUGCCUCGAAUUGCUUCUUGUAGAUUGUGCGACACAUGUAACACAGGGGGACGAGAAAGUCUGCGGAAGUGACGGUGUUACUUACGAUAACCAUUGUAAAUUCUCGCAUGCCGUGUGCGAGUUCAAACACGCCGCCCAUCAUUUAAAACUUGCUAGCCAUGGCGAAUGCCCACCACCAACAGCAGCACCUGUUUCAACAAUGCCAUCUGCAACAGCGGCACCUGCUUCAACAAUGCCACCUGCAACAGCGGCACCUGCCAUACAAACAGGGACAGGUUCUAUGGGCAUGACGACAACCGUUGCUACGACAACCACGACGGUGAUGAUGACAACAACUACAGCAGCAACUACAGUGGACCCAAUUCACUCUAUCGUUCAAAACGUGUUCUGUCAGAACGCUGCAAGCAUUUCUUGUGCCAAUGAUUUCCAGAUCAUUUGUGGAUCUGACGGACAGCUGUACCCUAACCAGUGCGAGAUGUCGAAACAGAAAUGUGUCGAUCCGACACUUACCGUGGCUGACAAGUCGACAUGUCCGAUACCAGGUCGAUAAGUCGAUGUACCUAUGUCACAGUACAGACUUAGUUUGUUCAAUGUUUCUUUAUCUCUAAUAAAUAAAAAAACAUUU